AAUAUUGAUAAUUGAUUUGAUACUAGUCUAUUACUCCGUAUUACAGCUUGUGCUACGAUGACUACAACAGUCUAAUAAUUUCAACUUCACCAAAAUCUUUCUUCUUGACUCCCAUUAAAUUUCCUUAAACUUCCCCUUUUUAGAGCAAACUACAACUUGCUUUUCUAUUCUGUUAUUCUCUCUCCUACUAAAAAUGAUAUGACCUUGCUUUUGAACAACAAUUCAAUCAACACUAAUACUCACAAUUAAUAUUAAUCAUAAUUAUGCUGGAUCUUAAUUUAACCGUUUUUUCUCACGAUUAUUCAAACUCUGUUCAGAAUAAUAAUUCCUUCACCUCCAACAAUUCUUCCUCACUCGACAAUGGCGAUUCUCUUUCCUCCAAUAACUCUCCCUCCACUAUCACUUACAAUUUCGACAUACUCAGGCUCGAUACCAGCCUCAACAAUGACGGCGAUUGCUGUAAUUAUUAUCCGGUGGAUCGCGGUGAAGCAUCGUCGACUGGGUUCGUCACCCAAGACCUUUUCCCCGCCUGUGAUGGGCCGGGUCGGCCCAUCGUCUGGGGUCAGAAUCCUCUAAUGGGUGUGCUUGAGGUGAGAUCAAUGGUAAUGGGCCAAGCACAAGCACAAGCACAAGCACAAGCACAGAAAUCGCAGCAGGUGAAGAAGAAGAAGAGUAGGAGGGGACCCAGGUCUAGAAGCUCUCAGUAUCGUGGGGUUACUUUUUAUCGUAGGACUGGAAGAUGGGAAUCGCAUAUCUGGGACAAUGGCAAGCAAGUGUAUCUGGGGGGAUUUGAUACUGCACAUGCUGCUGCUAGGGCUUAUGAUAGAGCUGCUAUCAAGUUUCGUGGAGUUGAUGCAGACAUCAACUUUGAUGUCAGUGAUUAUGAAGAUGAUCUUAAGCAGAUGCACAGCUUAACAAAGGAGGAGUUUGUGCAUCUUCUUCGCCGUCAGAGCACUGGGUUCUCACGAGGAAGCUCGAAAUAUAGAGGAGUAACGCUGCACAAAUGUGGUCGAUGGGAGGCUCGAAUGGGACAGCUCUUGGGGAAGAAGUAUAUUUAUCUUGGUUUAUAUGACAGUGAAGUUGAAGCUGCAAGGGCGUAUGACAAGGCUGCUUUACAAUGUAACGGAAAGGAAGCUGUCACUAACUUCGAUCCAAGCAUAUAUGGAGAAGAGCUGAUAUCUGAGCCAGAUGUUGGAGGUGGGCAUUAUACUCUUGAUUUGAAUCUGGGGAUAGGUAACCCUUCAUUUGCUGAUAAUGAUGUAAGCUAUCCUUUACUGCAUGAGCAAAACUGUAGGCUAAGUGACAUGAGAGAAAAGGAUCAGAACUGGAUUCAACCAGCAACAGGACCAACGGCACAUGAUGGUCAUUCAUUCCCUUCACAGCAGCCUUCUGCUUGGUGUGGUGUUAAUCCCAUAUUCUUUCCUGUCUAUCAGGAAAAAGCAAUGGAGAAGACAAGAGAAAUAGAUCCCUGGAGUAACUGGUCAUGGCAAAUUCAACACCAAGGUGCUCAUGGUGGUUCCAUGCCAGUCCCUGUCUUCUCUAAUGCAGCAUCAUCAGGAUUCCCUUCUAUCACAACUGCUUCAUCAGCUGCUGUUGGUCGAACUCACUAUUCUAACUGACAAAUUACUAAAAUACCUUAAUAUUUCGUAUUAAGCAGGAGCGAACAUUCCCUGCAGUUUUGAUUCCUAAGUUACACGUAAAAGAUGUCGCAGUAACUUACCCUAACUGAGUUAUUGUACUUUUUAUUUUUUAUUUUUUAUAGUGACUAGUUAUUGACUUAUUGUACCCAAUCCCAGCUAAUAUGAGGAAGUAAAUUAUAAGACUUAUUUUUGCAUUUA